AUGAGCUCGUCGACUAGCAACCAAUGGCCUCCUAGGCGGCCUUCCAAGCGGAGUAAACUCCGAAAUGGCACAUUCAUCGUCCCAGGCACCGGAGAACGCAGUCGCCGCCAGUUUUCCCUCCGGGGAUCGAGCAUCGAGAUUCCUUCUCCCGAAAUAGACGGGUACCGAUCGCUUUUAUCUGCCGAGACGACCAGCGAGUCCUUCGAUGUUUUAAAGCAUAACAUAAAAACCAGCGCUCUCCACUUCUGGGACUGGCUGCUCUCACCAGCUGGUAAAGGCGUCCUAAAAUGCACGGUCGCAUAUCUCCUUGGUAGUAUGGCGACAUUCCUUGCGCCCAUCUCAGGCUUCCUGGGCAAGCCUGACGGAAAGCACGUUGUCGCGACUUUGACGGUUUAUUUUCACGCAAGUCGAACGUGGGGUUCCAUGGUUGAGGCUGUCGCCAUAGCGACCAUCGCCGUCUUAUACGCUGAGAUUAUCUCCGUUCUAUCUAUGGCCUUUUCCGUCGUUGUUGGUGGAAAGCUCGGUCUUAUUCCCUUGUCACACGUCCUUAUCCUCAUUUUCUGUAUUGGUGGCGGUCUUGGCUUUAUUGGUUGGGUGAAGCAGAGACUUAACAAUCCUUUAGUCAACGUAGGUUGUACCCUCGCAUCGAUUGCCAUCAUUGCCGUCGUCACCAGAGAGGAAGCGAUCCACGAAGGACACUUUUCAGAGGCGAAGAUCGUGCAAGUUUUGAAGAUGUUGGUGAUGGGCAUUACCAUUACUAUGACAGUCAACUUGUUGAUAUGGCGGGUGUCCGCAAGAGCAAUUCUGCGUACCUCCAUGAACGCCGCUGCUGUGUCUCUUGCAGACAUGCUUUCUAUGAUAACUCGCGGCUUUUUGAACGGUUCCGAGAACGAAAUCAUGUCGGGGGACUUCGCCCAUGUUGUCGGGCAGUACAAAGCUACAUAUGGUAAGAUGACUAAGAGUUUAAGAGAAUCGAAGCUCGAGCAUUGGGUUUUGGGACGCGAAAAGAUUUAUGUUUUAGAAAAAGCUUUGGUCAAGUCGCUUGAAUCUCUUUCCCAGGCCAUCGGAGGCUUGAGAAGUGCGGCGAACACGCAGUUCACUCUCCUGAAAGAGCUGCCCCAGGAUCCGAUGGCCGGACAGCUGUCUCCUGGCAGCACAGUUUUUUCUCCAACACUAUCCCGGGCCAUGUCCCAGUAUCUCAAGGGCUCGCGAGAUCGGUUUGCGACAUUGGCAUCUAUUGAGGAGGAUGACGAAUUUGAGGAUGACUUUGAUAGUCAUACAAGCCCCGAAGCGACGCCCGAUGGACCUCCACCAACGCUUCCCACGUUUCGCUCUCCAAGUGAGAUUUUUGAGCUUUUUAUAGCCUUGCUGGGCCCAUCAAUGAAGUCAUUGGCUUAUACACUUUCCGAGAUCUUAAGAGAACAGGCCUUUGCUGCUGGUCCAGAUUCCAAGAUUACGGUUAACCCGCAUUUUAAGCACAGUCUGCAGGAUGCCAUGUCGCUGUACAACCACGCAAGGACCAAUGCACUCCAAGAACUCUACAACAGCAUUGAACUUGGGCGGUCGAGAUCGGAGAAGAUCCAAGCAGAUAUCGAAGAAGUUGCAGCCGCAUGCGGUCACUUUAGUUUCAGUUUGCAACACGUUGCGGAGGAUAUUGAUGCCUACCUAACAGCUCUGGAGGAGCUCAAAUACGCUCGGGAGAUGGGCUCUCACAGCUGGGACUGGCUCAAGCCCUGGAAAUAUGGCAGGUCAACUGCCCAGCCAAAGGAGCCAGACCCAGUUAACCUGGACACCGAAAGUUUGUUGCAACAACCCAUGGAACCUGAUGAGCAACCUGUCCGGCCCAUCAGAAAAUCUGCUGUUCCUCGAGGUAUACCGGACACCAUGAUCAACCGCAGAGACACCUUUAGUUGGGACGCCGCACCAAAUGCGAGCACAAUUCUGCGGAUGCUCUCACAAUAUAUCCUAAAGUGCUUGAGGGUUUUAGCUCGCGAUGAUAUUCGAUUUGGUGUCAAAGUCGGCGUCGGUGCUAUGAUAUGGGCUGCCUGUGCAUUUCUUCCAGCGACGAAAGACACUUACAGAUAUUGGCGAGGUGAAUGGGGUCUGUUAUCCUUCAUGAUCGUCGCUUCCAUGACGGUGGGUGCUGCCAACACCACGGGUACCGCAAGAUUCAUCGGAACCAUUGCUGGGGUUACUUUCGCUAUGGUGGCUUGGGCCCUCAGUCAAGGUAACGGAGUUGUUCUCGCAUUACUCGGUUGGAUGGUGAGCUUCUUCAGCUUCUACAUGAUGUUGGUCAAGAACAAUGCCCCUUUUGGAAGAAUCACGCUAUUGGCUUGGAACGUGACGGUUCUUUAUGCCUAUUCGCUGUCACAAAAGGUAGACGAUGACGAUGAUGAUGAGGGUGGCGCCACCCCUCUAAUGUUCGAGAUUUGCUAUCAUCGGUUCAUCGCUGUCACUCUCGGUAUCUUGUACGGUAUCAUUGUGUGUCGAGCGAUUUGGCCUAUUUCUGGCAGAAAGAAGUUCAAGGAAGGUCUCUCUGUACUCUACUUGCAACUUGGACUCAUCUGGAAGCGAGGACCCCUGGCAAUCUUGCUUCGAAGUGACAACACAAGGUCUUACAUGAGAGCCGGGGAGGAGCAAGCUUUACAGAGAUAUGCCUUCAAGCUCGAAGCAUUGCGUAGCGCCGCAAAGAGCGAGUUUGAACUUCGAGGUCCUUUCCCCGAUGCAGCAUAUGGCCGCAUCAUGCAAUCAACCAGCAAAAUUCUCGACGGCUUUCACGCCAUGAGACUGGUGACUUCAAGACGUGGCCAGCUGUCCGAAGGCGAACGAGCGUUGCUUGAAUAUACAGCGCCGGAGCGCGCUCAGCUAUGUGAUCGCAUAUGCCAUGUAUUUCAGGUCUUAGCUAGCUCAAUUAUGCUAGAAUACCCGCUCACUGACGCAAUUCCGUCGGUGGUUGGCAACAAAGACCGGCUGUUGGGCAAGAUUUACCAGUUCCGAAAGGAUCACCACCCGUCCACACAGCCGUCUACUCCCGGGGAGGAGUCCAACGGAAAUGGACAUAGUAAUGUUACAAAGAAUACUAACAUCAUUGCUGAGGAGAAGGAUUACGCGUUGCUGUACGCGUACACUCUUGUCACGGCCCAGGUUGCUCAGGAGUUGUUAUAUGUUCAGCGGGAGGUUGAAAACCUGUUUGGAGUGUUGAAUACUGAGGCACUUCUGCUGCAGUAG